AUGAAGCAUUUAAUACAUGACGUAGAUGAAGACAUGAAUGAAAGCAGUGAAAAGCUCAACAGUUCUCUCAUUCUUCCUUUCAGUAAGGACUAUGAGUUCUGUUCAAAUGGUGUGUAUUUCUAUUGUGGAAAGAUGGGUUCAGGUAAGACAUUCAACCUCAUUCGUCAUAUACUCAUAACAGAGCGUUUAGGAAACGACUCUUACUAUGACCAAAUCAUUAUAUCAGCAACUUCAGACUCUAUGGAUUCAACAGCGAAAACAUUUAUGUCAAAAGUUCAAGCCUCUGUCGUUAAAGUUCCAGACAGUGAACUCAUUGAAUUUCUUCAACGUUACAUUCGACGUAAGAGAAAAUAUUAUGCUA